AGGAGUACUUUUGCUUCUGCCCUUCUCUAACUUUCCUUGUCGCUCUUCCCUCUCUCAAUUCCCUUAAUUUCCAGUCUAUCAUCAGAUGUUGUGAUUGUCACUUUUAUCUUCCACAGGUUCUAUAAUCCAAGAUGUCUGUAAAGAGCUGGAAUAACACAAGGAUGUCAUCUUCACCCAGACUUAUUCCUAAGUGGGAGGACUUGAAACUCCUCAUAAAUAAUAUCCAGAAGGAUAUAAAGGCUGAUGGAAAACCAAAGAAUGAUGUGGUCGUACUGAGUGACUGGCCUGAGACUCUAUACCAGGAGCCUCACCAUCCCCAGAGCAAGCCUUUCAUCUGCUUCUACUCCAUGAAUGUCAACUAUUUUGUCUCCUUAAACUGGGUGGAACCGAGUUCAAAACAAAUGCAGGCAGUACUUUGGGUACAGAAAAAAGAUGGAGAAAUGGAAGGAAAGAUAGAGAAGAUGAAGUUUCAUGUGAUGGAUCAAGUGCCACCCAUCAAAGCAAUGGUCCACACAGGGUCCUACCAUAUGUUAAUUGCUUACUGUGGCGACAUGCGCCUGUGGCUCUUCGAAGAUCACCAUCGAGCAUUCACAUCUCUGGGUACAGUGCCCUGUCGUUUCUCCAUCAGCUGCCUCUGCUACGACUCAGAAACUGAGAUGCUGCUCUCUGGUACCUUAGGGGCCGUGGUUACCUGGUUUAUCUUACCAAACGGCCAGGGGCUCCAGAUGGCACAAACAGUGCCCAUGCCUGGCCGUGAGCUUGUGCAGGGCUUUUCCCUGAAUGGCCCCCAGGGCUCCCUCCUGGCUCUUUGUGAGAAUAAGGUGAGGGUCUUCACUCACCAGGGUCAGGGCCGGCUGGAAGAGGUAAAGAAGUUCACUCCCGUAGCCAGUGGCUCCUCCAUCACCUGCUCAUUCACUUGUGUCUCUCAGGGCUAUUUCUAUGCUGGAAACAGGGAUGGAGAGAUCCAUGCUUGGGGUCUAGACCGGGGUAACUUCCUCCACAGUUUCCAGGCCCAUUCCUCAUCAGUGAUAUAUGUCCAUAGCCGGCCAGAGACCCACACCUUACUAACAGCGGGCAGUGAGGGCGUAGUGAGGGAAUGGAAUCUUGCCUUUGGAAACUUGCUGCGGCAGCUGGAUAUCGAUGAGGAUCUGCAGCAACUGCAGUUUAUUGAUAACACCACUUUUUUCUGCCAGACUACCCAUACUUUCUCAUUGCACCAUCUGCCCUACUUUUAUAGCCUCUUCAAUGUCUGUGGUUCUGCUCCCCAGCAGGUGCAGCGGGUCUGCUGCGGCCAUAAUUGGACUCGAAUCCUGUGUGCCACUAAGGAUGGUUUGCUGCGCUUCUUGUCUCCAGUAACAGGAGAUCUCCUGGUUAUCACCUGGCCUCUACUUGUCAUGGAUCAGGCUGUGGCUUGGGCCUAUGACCCAGACAGAGAGGAGCUCUUUGUGGCAACAGACAGUUCAGAGGUGCUGGUGUUUGAUGCAACACGCUCUCCUUGCACAGCCAAGUAUCUUGUGUGCACUUCUGUAAACCCUGGGGAUAGAGUAAGAUGCCUGGCCUAUGGGCAGUCCUGUUUGGGCAAGGGCCUAGGAGGAUUGAUGUUCUGUGGGCAUGAGAGUGGCAUUGUGAGAAUCCUCUCCCACUAUAGCUGUGCCCGAACGGAGACGACUGUUCACUCUGGGGCUGUAUUGGUGUUGUCUACCCUGGAAGGUCCCCAGGAGAACUCCUUGCUCUGUUCCUAUGGCACGGAUAACGUCAUCCACCUGACAGAAGCUGUGCUUCAGAACAAGGUAAUCCUGCAGCCUGUCAGCAAAAUUCUCUGUAGCUGUCCCCUAAAACAUGUGAUACUCUUGCCGGGUUCUGUGGGGGCGAUCACUGAGAAUCACUGCUGGCGUCUCUGGCACUACCAAGAUUUUCUGACAUCUUCAGAAUCAAAACAAAGCUCUAUGUUGAAAGAGACAAAAUGCCUGCAUGAGUGUGCCAUCAGUUCAUUUGAUGUCUGCCUUUCCUUGAAACUUUUUGUCACGGGGGGCAUUGAUGGCUCAGUCCGGAUCUGGGACUUCCAUGGUAGACUCAUAACUGAGUUGGACUCAGCAUUGCAUUUUGGCCCACUCUGCUUUGCCAAUAAUCGGGGUGAUCUGCUUUUGACUUUCAACCAGAGUCUUUACCUGGUAUCCUGCUUAAAAUUGCUCCAUCCAGUUCAGCUGAUUCACCUCACUAUCCUAAACAGUGCUGAUGAAAUACAAGAAGUCCCUAAACUGUUCCUGCCUAGCUUCUUCUUUUCUUUUGAAACAGUAUUUGUACCCAAAUUUGUCUACCUUGGACAAGGGCUGCAGGAAUUACAGGGACUAGAGGCCCUUGUUAACAAGCGAGUCAUUGCCUUCGACAAUACUGUGCCCCAUGUUGUAGAGGAAGAAAGAUUUAUGUCCUCUGUGAUUACAGAGGGACCCAAACUGCAUUUUUUGGAGGAUAAGGAUGUUGAUUUUUCUACUCUUGACCCCAAACAUAAUCGUCCCCUACAUGUGGUUCCUGCUCAGUUACGGCUGGCUGGCUGGGAUGGAUUGAACCCCUACCAUAUAUUACAGUGCUUCUUUGGUCAUGGACGGCAAUGGCCCUUUGCUCCUGAUGGCUACAUCCCCAACUCAGUGAUCCGUGCCCGCCUUUGGCCUGAGGGUACCCCAAUCUUCCUACGCUGUGAUAUGUACCCAUCCUACCAAGAUAAGGACUGGGACAUGACUGAACUGUCACCUAGGACUCUAGUAGAAGAGAAAAUCUCAAUGAGUAAACGGGAGAAUAAACCCAAGCAGUGGAAACGAACUUUCUUAGAUGUUCUUGUAAGCAUGACAAACCGAAAUUGGAUGGUAAGAAACUUAGAUGAAGGACGUAUAAAUAAUUUAAUCGAGGCCAUCCUCAACCUCACAAUUUGCUGUUCUGUAGAGCAAUACAAGAAAUAUAUUCAUGUCUUGGCACAAAUUUUUGCCACUUAUCAAGUGUCUGCAAAGUUGCGCUCUGAGGCUGCCUGUCGCCUCCUUGAAGAUACAACCUAUUACAAUCCAUGGAUCCGUGAGCUAGCCUGGGAGGGGCUAGAAAGGCUAGGCCUCAUGAGCCAUCUCUUUGCUAUUCCCCUGGCUAUGGGAUUGAUGGACAGUGAUGAAAAUGUGCGGACUAAGGCCUUAUACCUUAUGAUAAGAGUCACAGGCAUCCAAACUAAGACCAUGCUGGUAGGCCUGCUCAAGAAACAAGACACUCUCCAGGAAAUGCAGCAGCAAUUUAUUGGAGAAGCCUCUCUGGACCAGCUUCUGGGGAUUCAAGCUAAAGAUAUCCAGUUCCUCCUUACUCACGUGGAGCGGCGGUUAAAUGAAAACCUGACCUUGUCAAGUAGAGACCAACCAGUUACUUUUUCUUUAGAUAUAUCAAGGGGUGGUGAACUUGAGGCCCUUGCUGAAGAAACACUCAUACCUUUGUCAGAACCUGAAAGGAUCACUAAGCCGAGGAAGAGAAUGACACGUGUUCAAGCAAGGAGCAGAAAUCUUAGUAUGUAUGGGGUAAUAUGUGGCACCCCAUACCCCAUGGUUGAAAAGGAUCUGAAAGUUUCCAGGAAGCAGAGACAGACAGAAUUUGUAAAGUUUAGCCCUGUGUUGGUGCCUUCGGAAGAUGAAGUUGAACAAAGAGACGCCAAGAAAUCAGGGCAAAUUGACACCCAGGAUGUUGCCUUAGAACCAGAGCCAACACUAAGUACUUUCAGCCCAGUCGGAUCCCAAAAGGACGUUGAAUCACAGGAGGUCAUGUUGGAGGCCACAGAAGCCAUGGAAGCCACAGAAGCCAUGGAAGCCACAGAAGCCAUGGAAGCCACAGAAGCCCUGGAGGUCACAGAGGUUAUGAAGGCCGUAGAUCAACAUGGCAUGAAAGACUAUGGCGAGGUGAUCCCUAAGCUGGAAAGACAAGAAUACAUGAAAAGGCUUUGGAAAAGGGCCAUGAAAAAAAGCCUCAAAAAAGCAGAUGUGAAAUUGAAAGAGAAAAAAUAUUCAAAGGAUAUUUCCGAGACAACUGUAGAAGAGCCCAAAGAAGAAGUCAUACAAGUUACUGAGCAAGAAAAAGAUAUAGGGAAGAAACCUAAAAAGAGUGCCCGUGGUUUGGCUGGGACCCCUGGACGCAUAGGUAGAACAGACACUAGGUCUUGGCGGGAUGACAUUUGCUACCUUGUCACCUCAAGGAUAGCAAGUUCCCAUCCAGGAAUGUUAAGGGAUCUGGGUCAAGAAUUGGUGGACUUGGCUCAGGUGAUGCUUGCUUCCCGACAGCCCAGCUGGGAUCUCUUCCAAGAGAUCUGCCCCUAUUUAAAGGACUCAUCAGAAUUGGAUGACAGAGUGGUGGAAGAGCCACCUGUCAUGACAGAAAAAGUGGUUAAAGAGGUCAAGGAAGAAGGGACAGUAGGAUUGAGAGAACAAGGGGGUAAAACAAUAUUAAAGAAGGGCAAGGCAUUUUCUCAAGUAGUCAAGAAAAAGAAAGUUGCUUUCUUAGAAGAUCACCUAGUCUUAGAGAAAAGGAAAUUUAAAAAAAGAGUAAAAGAGCUGGCCAUGCAAGAAGGGAAAAUAGCUGAGGAAGAAAGGAAACUGAGGAAGCCAGAGAGGAAAUUAAUGCAGAGAAAGGAGAAACUGACCAAGGAUAAGAAGAAACUGACCCAUCAAAAAGAAAAAAUAGCUUUGGAAGAAGAAAUACUGGCUUCCCCACAAAACAAAUUAACCAAAAAAUUAGGCCUAAGAGAAAAGAAACGGACUAGAAGAAAGGGGAGACUUCUAGGGAAAAGAAAGCAAGUGACUUUGAAAGAGGGGAAGACAACCCCAGAAAGGAGGAAGUGGGACUGGGAGCAGAUUAUGCUGGCCCACGAAGAAGGCAUGUGGGCCCAGGAAGAGAGGUUGCCUGUCUGGGAAGAGAGGAAGUUGUCCCAGGAAGAGGAGGAGCUCGAGCAACUAGCCCAACAAGAGGAGAAACAUGCCCAGAAAGAGAGAAUAUGGAGUGUGAAAGAGGAAAAAAAGAGUGAGCAAAAAAAACAAUGGGCCUGGGAAAAAGAGGAAUUGUCCCUAGAAGAUGAGGAACAAGCUGGUGAUAUGGAGAAAAAGUCCCAGGAAAAAGAGCAAAGGACAUUGGAGAAAAGACUGAUCCAGGAAGAUAGUAAACUCACCAAGGAAGACAGGCAUAUUGCUAAGAAAGAAAAGGCAAUAGCCAGGGAGGGAAUUGGCAUAACUAAGAGAAAGAAAAAAAUAACCCAAGAAAAGAAAGAAAUUAUGAAGGAAGAGGGCAAACUGUCCCAGGAAGAGAGGAAAUUGGCCUAUGACAUUAGGACCAAAGAGACAGGUGUUGCCAAGAAAAAAAAGAAAAGAACCAAAGAGGAGAGAAUACAGGCAAUGAGGAAACUGGAUAUGGAAAAGGGUAUUAGUUCUGAAGAAAAAGAGGCUAGUUCCAGGGAAAAAGAUACAAAGAAGAAAGAGAGUCACCUGUUGAGGAUCCUGGCUAAAACAAUUAGAGAAUUCAGUACAGUGCCAUUGGAAGAAAUAGAAAUACCUGAGAAAGAGAGAUCAUCCACUAUGGGAAGGAGUGAAAUUGAUGACCAGAGGGGGGAUUUUUUUAAGGAACAGGUGGAAAUAACCAAAGAAGAGAAGGAACUAGCUCAGAAAGAGAGAAAACUAGAAUAUGAUAGACUGGCUACCAGAGAGAGAACACUGACUGAUGAAGAGAGCCUGGAGGAGGACCAAAGGUUAUUAGAGAAGGUCCAGGAAAAGAUGCUAUUAGAUAAAAUCCAGGUAGAGAGUUUGUUAAAGGAGGUCCAGGAGCAAAAUCUGUUAGGAAAAAAGCAGCUAAAGAAGCUUCUGAAGAGAACUGAGAAUAAACCAGAAAAGACCCAGGCAAAGUGGUUAUUAGAGAAUAUCAGAGAUACAAUGUUUGAGAGCUUAUCUGAAAGCUUGACUGAGAAGGAAACAAAGGAAGUUCUGAAGAGCCCCUUCAAAAUACCACUCCCAGUAGCCCUGGGAAAAAAAGAGGGAAUGCCCCUGAAAGUGUUAGGGGAUCAUCUGGAUUUGGAAGGACAGGAAAGUCAACUUCUUGGGGCACGCCCCAUGACAAGUUCAUGGGGAAGACAGGAGGCUAUGCUCUUGGAGAAAGCCAGGGGUGUGUUUUCACAAGUCAUGGAAACAGACUUAGAGACUCAGUUCCCGGAAGGCCUCCACAGGCCAGAGUCCCACUUACCUGAUACCAUGAAACCACAAAAACUUGAACACAGGCCCAGAGGUGGCAGGGGGAAGUGGUUCUUGACAUAUCAGGAUUCUCUGAUGGGGAAAAUUGAGGACCAAGCCCCAGCCCCAGCCCCAUCCCCAUCCCUUACCUCUAUGCCGGCCAAAAGUCCAUGCUACUCAGAAGCAAGCGUCUCAGAUGAGGACUGGAUUAAUAAUGCCUUAAUAAGGCUGGAAGCAGGAGAACAACUUUCCAGGGACAGUUUCCAUAGACUGAGCCAGCUCCUUAGACACUUCACUUCAAAGGGAUACUUGAAAGGGAUGAAUCUGUCCAAUCUUAAAGCCAUUGCUAAACACCUCAGGCAGAACCUAGAGGUAAGUCACACAGAUAUAUCACAAACCUAUAAGGAUGUUUUGAGUCCAGUGCACUUAAAAGUGAUCCCUCCAAUUGGAAGAAAAGAAGAAGGGAGCUGGCUAGAGCCAUUCCCUAUCCCUGAACCAGUGUUCCCAUCCACUACCAAGAGGACUCAAACCCCCCAAGCUAUAAAUUGGCAUCUUUUAGGAGAGCCUCACAGGAGUGCGCGGGCACAGCAGAUAUCCAAUGCUCUCAAAGACAUGAGAACGCAACACUUUUAUCCUGACACAAGAGACAUUUUCACAGGUGCCCAUGCCUCUGUGGACAAACAAACUCUAGCACUGGUGUUCCAGAAGGAUCUCAGGGCUUUUAAGGGUAAAGGCAGGCCCCUCAAGUUGCCCCAGUUGGAGAAGAAGGCACAGCCCAUCUCUAAAAAAAAGGAAGAGGUGCCCCAAUGGGAGACAUUUGUGGCACUGUACCAUGUUUUGCGGAUAUUACAGGAGCGAUAUGCAAAAGACAGUGCUGCUUGGAUGGAACAGUUCUACCACCUCAUGGACCUGUACCAACUUAAGUCGCCCCGAAUCCAGAAGCUGCUACUAGAGUUGCUGCAGAGAAAGGAACUCCAACCCCAAGAGACCAUCUACAAAAAGGCCCUGAAAACCAAGGAGCUGGUACUUGGUGAGCGGUUAUUCUGUGGCCUGUUUUGUGGUGAUUCCCAUGCCCCUGCAGGUCGCCUCAAGUUCCAGGAUGUUGUACCCCUGCCUGGGCAGAACAAGGUGCAUACUAUCCAGCCUGUGGGCAUCGCCCAGUAUGGGUUCCUAGAACUUGCCUGGAAAAGCCUACCGCAAGUCAAUCCUUACCUUAUCGAGAGGCUGCCCAACAUCCCUACUCCUCCUCUCUGA